GCUCGCUGGCGCUCUACUCGUGCCCGGCGUACGGCGCGUCGGCCCUGGCGGCGCCGCGCAGCGAGGAGCUGGCGCGCUCGGCGUCGGGCUCGGCCUUCAGCCCCUACCCCGGCUCGGCGGCCUUCACGGCGCAGGCGGCCACGGGCUUCGGCAGCCCGCUGCAGUACUCGGUGGACGCGGCCGCCGCCGCCGCCGGCUUCCCGUCCUACAUGGGCGCGCCCUAUGAUGCGCACACGACCGGGAUGACGGGGGCCAUCAGCUACCACCCUUAUGGAAGCGCGGCCUACCCUUACCAGCUCAAUGACCCAGCCUACCGCAAGAACGCCACCCGGGACGCCACGGCCACGCUCAAGGCCUGGCUCAACGAGCACCGCAAGAACCCCUACCCCACCAAGGGCGAGAAGAUCAUGCUGGCCAUCAUCACCAAGAUGACCCUCACGCAGGUCUCCACCUGGUUCGCCAACGCGCGCCGGCGCCUCAAGAAGGAGAACAAGAUGACGUGGGCCCCGAGGAACAAAAGCGAGGACGAGGAUGAAGAUGAGGGCGAUGCUGCGGCGAGAAGCAAGGAGGAGAGCCCGGACAAGGUGCAGGAGGGCACGGAGACCUCCGCGGAGGACGAAGGGAUCAGCUUGCACGUCGACUCGCUCACGGAUCACUCCUGUUCAGCUGAGUCGGACGGAGAGAAGCUGCCCUGCCGCGCCGGGGACCCCCUGUGCGAAUCGGGCUCCGAGUGCAAGGACAAAUACGACGACCUGGAAGACGAAGAGGAGGACGAAGAGGAGAGCGAGCGGGACCUGGCGCCCCCGAAGCCGGUGACCUCUUCGCCCCUGACCGGUGUGGAAGCGCCUCUGCUGAGCCCUCCGCCGGAGGCCGCGCCCCGCGGUGCCAGCAAGGCGCCCCUGGGCAGCCGGACGUCGCCGGGCGCGCCGCCUCCCGCCAGCAAGCCCAAGCUGUGGUCGCUGGCCGAGAUCGCCACGUCGGACCUCAAGCAGCCGAGCCUGGGCCCGAGCUGCGGGCCUCCGGGGCUCCCGGCCGCGGCCGCGCCAGCCUCAUCUGGGGCGCCUCCGGGCGGCUCGCCCUACUCGGCCUCCCCGCUGCUCGGUCGCCACCUCUACUACACGUCGCCCUUCUACGGCAACUACACAAACUACGGGAAUUUGAACGCAGCGCUGCAGGGUCAGGGGCUGCUGCGGUACAACUCUGCAGGCGCAGGCCCCGGCGAGGCGCUGCACGCAGCCCCCAAAGCCAGCAGCGACCUGGGCAAAGCAGGCGCGCACCAGCUCGAGGCCCACUACAGGCCCCCGGGGGGCGGCUAUGAGCCCAAGAAAGAUGCCAGUGAAGGCUGCUCAGUGGCUGGGGGCAUCCAGCCCUACCUAUAGAAGGCCAGUGUGUACACAUCAACACAAGUAGGUGUCACAAUUGCUUUGAAAAAAUUAAAAAAAAAAAAAGUCAGCAAACCAGCUUCCCAAGCUAAUUAAUAUACAAUAUAAAGACCAGAUCUCUUAACUCCGGAUCGCAUCUCGUGCCACUGUAAUUGAGAAGACUCUACAAGACACUACCACGCCACAGACUCUAAUGAUUAGAACAGACUGUUGUUGGGCAUAUGUGAAUUUGUUGGCCUAGUAUAGCUUUUCUCCAAUGUACGUGUGACUUUUGCAAACAAUCUGUUUUUUUCCUCAGGAUAUCUUGAAUUGAUCACUUCAUUGCCACGGUAUAUAUUCUAUAGAUGUGAUAGGAUUGACUGUAAAAUUUAUUUGUAAAAGAUGUACACAGUAGAAAUAAUAAAAAAAUGUGAUUGAAGAACUUGAGUACUUAAGAAGUGGAAACAAAUUUGAUAUUUAUUUUUAUAAUGAUAUAAAGCUUCUAGUAAUUUAUGCAAGUUGUAUUGCAAUGGAAUCUAAACUUUUUGUAAAUAAAUUCUGCCUGGUUUUUAUUUGAACAUUGCUGGUUAUACAAUCUUUGUUGGUUGUUUAACAAGGAUUCUUUACUAAUUUAUAUCUUAAAUUGUAAAUAAAAACAGACUAGUCUACAA